UUGAUUUUUAUUAUUUUUUUUUAUUUGUGUGUGUUUUUUUUUCAUGUUGGCCUGCCUGCUGCCAAAGGCUGGGAGGGUUUCCUGGACAAAAGUUCCGGCGGCCACCGCCUUAAGACAAGAGCCCAGGCCAGGCACGGCUGCCACUGCUCCCCGACCCAGGCACUCUCCGCAGGCAGCAGCAUGGAGCUCUGGGCCGCCUCCCUGCUCCUCUGCCUCUUCUCCCUGCUGACCCAGGUCACCGCCGAGUCACCGACUCUCAGGCCACCAAACCCCAAAGUCAAGAAGGCUGCUGCCAAUGUCAAGAAAGAUAUUGUGAGCCCCAAGAUGGUGGAGGAGCUCAAGAGCCAGCUGGACAGCCUGGCUCAGGAGGUGGCCCUUCUGAAGGAGCAACAGGCCCUGCAGACAGUCUGCCUGAAGGGCACCAAGGUGCACAUGAAGUGCUUCCUGGCCUUCGCCCAGGCCAAGACCUUCCACCAGGCCAGCGAGGACUGCAUCUCGCGCGGUGGCACCCUGGGCACCCCACAGUCGGGCUCGGAGAACGACGCCCUAUACGAGUACCUGCGCCAGAGCCUGGGCGCCGAGGCCGAGAUCUGGCUGGGCCUCAACGACAUGGCAGCGGAGGGUGCCUGGGUGGACAUGACCGGCGGCAGCAUCACCUACAAGAACUGGGAGACGGAGAUCACGGCGCAGCCAGACGGCGGCAAGGCGGAGAACUGCGCUGCACUGGCGGGCGCCGCCAACGGCAAGUGGUUCGACAAGCGCUGCCGCGAUGCGCUGCCCUACAUCUGCCAGUUCGCCAUCGUGUAGGGCCUGGAGGGGAGACGCCAGAGUGGGCAAGGCCUGGGCUGGAAG